AUGGACAUCGUUUAUUCAUGCGCCAAUUAUAAUGCUUCUCCGCAUUCUGAAGAAGAUACGAGAAGAUUGGGCAACCUGUCUACUCAUUGCCCCGAACAGGCCGGGCCAGACAUGGUAUCCGCUACUAUUGGAGAUGUUGGUCAACAUUCCGUCCCUUCUUCCAAUGACGGAAACAAGUCUGUAUCUACCUUUCGACCGGGAAGUGCAACACCCUCUGUGGAGAACAAUGAAGCUGGCGGUAUGGCCACUUUCAGGGAACUUUGUCGAGCAGGAGGUCUUCCACUGCAAUUUUGUGACAACCUUAUGGCCUCCUGGAGAGAAGGAACGAAAAAGAGAUAUGAAGGUCCUUGGAGACUUUGAACUAGCUUAUGUGUCUCACGGAAUCAAUGUCCAUUUUUAGCCACUGUGGCAGAAGUUUUACAGUUUUUGACUGAACAGUUUCAUACUCGAAAGCUUUCGUACCGAACGAUCGGUGUUUACAAAUCAUGCAUAUCUCAACUACAUGAUCCAAUAGAUGGACAACCACUGGGAACUAUUUCGCUUUUUUCCCCUUUUAUGAAAGGUAUCUUUGAACUUCAUCCACCAAUACCCAAGAUAUGCGUAACCUGGUCAGUUGGGACAUUAUUAGAGCAUUUAAAGAAUAUGGCACCAAACGAGAACCUCUCACUUAAAGAGUUGACUCUUAAUUAAAACGACAAUCCUGUUGGCGCUUACAUCUUCAGCCAGGGCUCACGAACUCGCAGCAUUGCACUUGGAUUAUGUAUCCCAAAAGGAGAACGGUUGGGAGUUUGUAAUACCUAAACAUGUAAAGAAUUCUCGGCCGAAUCACCCAGCAAGAAAGAUUUAUCUUCCAUCCUUACUAGAAAACCAAAAGAUUUGUGCUAUUGAGAGUCUGAAACAGUACGUUAAUCGAACAGCUCGUAUUCGCAAGGACCAGCAUCUACUCGUGUCGUAUACCUCGCCACACUCGGCUAUUGGAAGUCAGACUGUAUCACGCUGGAUACGCACUGUAUUGUCCACUGCAG